AUGUCCAUUGCGUGCUACCAGGCCCCAAUUCCACCCAGCUGCUGUGGCACUGAUGCCCCCUUCCCACCUCAUCCAAUCUCUCCUUGCCCCCAGGCACUGCUGCUGUGUGCACCUCAGUGCAGGGCACUAGCUUCACAGACAGAAGGGGAGGCCCAGGUGAUGCGGGUACUGCAGCAGAAGUUCCCCCAAGCCUCUGCCAUCAAGGUGGUGGAUAUUUCCGGGGGCUGUGGGGCCAUGUAUGAAAUCCACAUAGAGUCAGAGGAGUUCAAGGAGAAGAGAACUGUCCAGCAGCACCAAAUGGUGAACCAGGCACUCAAGGAAGAGAUCAAAGCAAUGCACGGCCUGCGCAUCUUCACCUCUGUCCCCAAGCAUUGAAGAGGCAGCCGAGGGUAGAGCCUUGGUUUGCGGAGUUGUAGGAGAGGAACCUGGUAGCAUGGGCCUGGAGGAGUGGCCUGUGCCCGGGCUGCAUCGUCAUCUGAUUGCUGAGCGUCUUGGCGGAGGAUGCGUGCUCCCGGCAGCCUGCAGAGUGGGCUGCAGGCGCUGUCUGUUGGAGGAGGUCCUGCUGUGUGUCGGGGCAUGUGCGCGGCCUCCAGCAUGACU